AUGCCUAAACGAAAACCAAGUCAGCCGCAGGGCGACGUGCACGUGGAGGUCGAGCCGCGCACCAACCAUGGAAAACGGAAGAAGGACCGGGCCACCAUGGAUGUACCACAGACUUCGAAUGUUGUUCCGGUGGAGCAUGCUGAAGGACAGGGGCUGAUAGGUUGGAAGUUGUAUGAUGAACAGUUCCGGUUAAAAAUUGCAAUGGAUCCUGCUAAGUCUUGGGCUUCAGUCGACUCUGAGUUAUGGGUUAUGUACAUGUGUUUUUCAAACAUACAUACGGUCACCACUCACACAAUUUUCACCUCUUUGUUAAUUUUCUUUAACAUUUCAGAGCUUAAUCUUACAAGUGUUUGGAUAGUUGGUUCUUCAAUCAUAAAGCAUGCAGCCAUUGAAGCAAGAGUAAGACCUGGGGGAACAAGCCUUGGACUGAAAAGCAUGGGAAUUGAGUUAUGGUGGCAGGGGUAUGGGGGUUUAAAAUUUGUAGAUGUGGCCAAGAAGUUGAGGUACCUAGCUACAUUGCAAGAUUCUCCUCAAUUUAUUGUUAUGCAUUGUGGGGGCAAUGAUUUGGGCCAAAUUCCAUUGUCUAAAUUGUUGUACAGGGUCAAGUGGGACAUCAGACUUAUGGCAUCAGUUUUCCCUGACUGUCAGCUUGUCUGGUCCUUCAUAUUGCCGCGAAUAACAUGGAGGUACUCCCAGAGGCCUAGGUGUAUGGAGCAAGCUAGAAAUAGGGUAAAUAGGUUAGCUGCAAAGGAGGUUUUAGCUUGUGGAGGGAGAAUAAUUAGACACCCCCAGUUUAUUGGCAAACCCCAAAACCUCUACAGUUCAGAUGGUGUGCAUUUGUCUAAGCUAGGAAACUACCUCUUUCUGAACAAUAUUCAGGGGGCAUUAGAAUAUUUUGUUAGGGACGGGAGUAGCAGACACUUCCCAGUUUCAUAAACUCUGAAGUCAACUUGGGUCAAGACAUGAAGGGGAGAAUAUGAAUAUCUAGGUUUAGUUAUGGCUACAGUGGUAUAGAAUUGAAGGUUCCUACCCCACUAUGUGGCGGUGGGCUGCCUGAAUAUUGUGUAAUCAUAUUUACACAUUCAUACAGGAAGCCCCAGUGGCGAAAUCGUCACCUUCAAUUCCCAAGUUUGGACUAUGAUGGUUUACAUUGAAUGUUGUUUUGUUGAAAAGUUGUUGUUGGUUUGUAUAACAUAGAC